AAAAGCGGAUGUUGUGAGUUUCCGCCGCAUCGCAUCGCGCAUUGUAAUUGAGCAUCACGGGGGGCAAUUGCAUCCCUACUGUGUCUUCGUUUUCUUGGUAAUUUAACGUUUGAAGACACGAAUUGAUAUUAAUUAGGCUUUUCCUUGUUUACAUUAAGCAUGUAAAAAUUUGAGUUGGCAUGCUUAGUUGAGGGAUCAAAUCUUAGGUAUCAGGUGCAGCAGACAUGGCAUCCACCCAGGGCGGCAGCGGGCCCAGCUCGGCGGCCCCGGAGGCGGCGGCGGCCUCGAACCACGUGCCGCCGCCGGAGCCGGAGCCGGAGCCGCAGCCUGUGGGUGUGCUCGGCGCACCGUUCGACGGCGAGGAUGACCUCUGGGACGACGACGGCGGCGAGAUGGCCGUCUUCACGCGCGUCCCCUCCACCGAAAUCAUCUACCGGAACAAACGCAAACGCUGGAAGGUGGUGGGUCGCUACAUUUUCGGCGAUCUCCUGGGCGAGGGCUCGUAUGGAAAGGUGAAGGAGUGCAUGGACAAGGAUACGUUAGAACGGAGAGCUGUGAAAAUAUUCAAGCGAAGGAAACUCAGGCGAAAAAUGAACGGCGAACAAAAUCUGCAAAGGGAAAUUCGUCUGCUGAAGCGGCUACGGCAUCCCAACAUUUUACGGCUGUUUGACGUGCUGCAUAAUGACGAGAAGCAGAAGAUCUACAUGAUCCUCGAGUUCUGUGUGUGUCAGCUCAAGGAGAUGCUGGAUCGCGCGCACGAGAAGCGAUUUCCUGUCUGGCAGGCUCACAGGUACUUUGUGCAGCUGAUAACGGGUCUGGAGUACCUGCACAGUCAGGCUGUUGUGCACAACGAUAUCAAACCGGCCAAUCUGCUGCUCACGGCCGAUAUGACGCUCAAGAUCUCCGACCUGGGCACCGCAGAGGAGCUGGACCGGUUUCGGCGCUCGGACGAGAUCUCGGUCAGCCAGGGCUCGCCGGCGUUCCAGCCGCCCGAGAUAGCCAGCGGCAGCGAUGCGUUCCCCGGCUUCAAGGUGGACGUGUGGAGCAGCGGCGUCACACUGUACAACUUUGUGACUGGCCAGUACCCGUUCGAGGGUGAGACGGUGUUCAAACUGUUCGACAACAUCGCCAAGGCCGAGUUCGACAUUCCCGAUAUGGUUGGCCCCUCGCUGGCCUCGCUGCUGCGCGGCAUGCUGCACAAGGAGCCCGAAAAGCGGCUCGGCAUCUUCGAGAUACAGCAGCACGACUGGGUGCGCAAGAAGCAGCCGCCGACCACCGAGUGUGUGCCCGUGCCGCCGCGCAACGGCAGCGAGUGCCACGAGCUCACCGUGCUGCCCUACAUCCGCGACAUGCACUUCGGCACGGACGACGACCAAAGCGGCAGCGAGGAGUACAUCACCGAGCGCCAGCUCAACGAGCGCGAGGCGGCAAGGACCGGAGGCGGGGACGCCACCGCUGCCAACGGACCCGUCCGGCGCCGCAAGAACAAGCCCUGCCUCAACCCAAAGUCGUGGUCCGGCUGUAAGCACGCAUGACGAGUGCUCGGGAGGAGCCGGAGUAGUAUCGGAGAGGCCGGCCGGCGCGGCUGGCGGUCCGACCGGCCGGCCGGGCGGAUGAGACGCCGCCCGGGCGGGGAGGUGCGCGGCGGACUCCUCCGCGCUGAACGGUGCGGUGGCGACCGACUGGCGGCCGGCGGCCGACGUAUUACCAGCGAGCCGCGCACAGGGCUGUGUGGGAAGACGGCAGAGCGGCGGCCUGUACCAGCGAACGGCGGAGGACGACAGAGAUGCGGCUUUUACCAGCCGGCCGCUCACAGGGCUGUGUUGGGGGACGGCCAUGGCCGUGGCUUUAAUCAACGAGCCACGCAUUGAGCCGUUUAAAGGGACGGUAAAGCUGCGACUUUUACAUGGACGGGGCGCGCACGGGGCCGUGCGGCGGAGGAAGGGCAGAGCUGCGGCUGUACCAGCGGAGACGCGGCGCUGGGUGCCCCUGUCGCACCUGUCGGUGGGGACGGGCCGGCGGUCACUCGAUGAGCUCUGCCGCCGCGGCGCCCGUAUUUUUAGAGAUGCGUGUCUCUCUGCCAUAGGUACGGGAUGACGGGCGGGGCCAACGGAGCGGCGCUGGGUCGGCGGCCCGCGCGGCCGCUGCCGGUAGACCGGUGUGUUUGGGGCGCGCGUCAUAAUCACUGAAUGCGUCGCGCGCGCUGUUUGUUACAAGUGCAAUUUACUGGCGCUGAUGUGGGCGCGUGUGUAUGCGAGUGCGCCCGGGCUCGUUUGUUUAUGUGUGUCUGGUUGUUCCGCACCCCGCGGAGAGAAACAAAUGACAUGAACAUGCUUCAUCAUAUGUAGUGGGAGCAUUCGUAUUCGUGCUGCUGAGACACAGCGGAUGGCAGGCUGACGGCUGACAUGGGUAACCGCUCCCAGGGAGUGGACGACUCGCUCUGCGCUGUGUUCUGAUGGUGCGAAUCGAAUGGUCCCGGCCGCCGCCCCUGUGUCUGCCUCAGGCGGUACAACCAUGUUACGUGUGCGAGUCGAGCGGCGGGCACUGUCGCGCUUUUACGUUAGUCAACACCAUCUGUGAUUGGUCGCGGUCGUUUAUGUUGCUAUUCACGUGUUGCGCGUCCGGCGUUCCAUUGCAAUCUCGCUUAAUAUUGUGUACAAAUGGCUUGUGUUGGACGUUCGGUGCCAAACUUGGUUGCAGGAGCGUGUGUGUAUGUGCGUGCCAGUGGAUGCGUUGAGAGCGUGGUCUGGUUGGCGGGCCGCCGGUCGCCGGGACGAUCAAACUGGGCUCACGGACGGCCCCGUCUGGUGAGAGUGCGCGUCCCACCGGGACUCACCCACUGAAACAUGGGCACCAGCCGAACAUCUCGAUAGGAUACCCGGGCCGGGAGCACACCGGACGGCGCUGACCCACCGGCCAGGACGACUGGGCGGCCAACAUGCUAGUCCGUUUUCAAUAAACCUCUGAUGACUGCG